AUGUGCAGAUCCAAGAAAAUGGCAGAAAUUAAUUUCCUUUGUGUACAUAAGCGUCUCCGAUCAAAACGAAUGGCGCCCGUCCUUAUCCGCGAAAUAACUCGUCGCGUCAACCUGACCGGUCGAUUUCAGGCCGUUUAUACUAGUGGUACUCUUCUGCCUAAACCUGUUGCUUCUUGCCGGUAUGUGAUCAAUGAACAGUCAUUCUUUACUUGCAUUUCCUCGCACAAUUUCAUGUGCCAAUUAAUUUUGGCUGAAUAG